CAAUCCAUGAUGAACAGGACUUAUCAAUGAAACACCAGCAUUUUUCUCCACAGUUGUUACCACUACCAACCUACCACUCCCUUGGAAAUCUGAAUAUAAUCUUGACACCUUCAUAGGAAUCUCUUGCUCUGUCCCUGAGCUAAAGCUGCAAUUUUUUGUGACGUUAUUAUUCUUGUUUUUACAUGGAAACAAACCCCAAUCAGACAAAUAAACUUCUCCCAUAAUUAUUCCUGUCAUCAUUCUCGUUGGUCUUGUUCUCACUACCACUACAGUACAAGCGUAUUCCUCUCCCAUUCUCUUCCUCUUUUUGCUAUGGACCAACCCUCGUCAUGCGUGACGUUCCCAGAAAUCCCAUCCAAAAGCUCAUCCGGUGGCACUUCAACGUCUGUCGAAAGAGCGAGGGAUUCUGGCCAAGGAGGAGAGAACACCAUAGCCAUGAGGAAGAACAUCAAGAGAAGAGCGAAGGGCGAUGAUGCAAUGAGAAGGUUUCUCGGGGUGAGACAAAGGCCUUCGGGAAGAUGGGUCGCCGAGAUCAAGGACUCCACGCUGAAGCUGAGGCUGUGGCUGGGCACUUUCAAUAGUGCCGAGGAAGCCGCCUUGGCUUACGACAGCGCGGCCUGGCUUCUCCGAGGGAGGAACGCGAAGACGAACUUCCCGUGCCACCAGCUGAUCGGUAAUCACCCCGAGGUGAACUGCAGCUUCGUAGGGCAGCAUCCGAAAGUCGACCAGAUUCUCCAGCAUGCAAAUAUGAAGCAGCAACAAGCAAGAUCGUCGUCGUCAUCAGUUCUCAACUCUUUUCUCAAUCAUCCAUGGCCGGAUCGGAACAGGAGGAGUGCAGGUGGUUCGAAGGAUGUCAAUACCCUCGUCCAAGAAACGAUAGUUUGCUCCCCGGCCUCACCAAAAGAAGGUUCGGACCGUUGUGGCAUACAAGAAAACGAGCCCCGUGGGCUCUCCUUAUUUGGUAGUUCUAAGGUUUAUUCCUCAGUGUUUGUGGCUCCUUCUUUUAGUUCUUCGACGCAUCAAGACGAAAGAGGACAAUACGAUUUUCAAGAGGCUUAGUAAACCGAUAAUCUAAGCUCAUGGUGAACACUGUUUCGCAAUUGUCGUAAGUAUAUUAAGCUUCGCCUGCUGGUCUGGCGUUUUCAUCAGUUGUUUGGUAACUCCAAUAAUGUCUCCAACGAUGUGUAUGCUCUCUCUGAUUGUAGCGAUCGUAUGAUAUGAAGUUGCUGUUAGCUUCUACGCCUCUUGUUCAAAAGAAAUGCAGAAGAAGAAG